AGGACCGGCGCAUGCGGGAGAUCCGGAAGUUCCGGACCCUCGAUCGCUGAGCAUCAUGGUGGGCAGCGUCGUCGACGGGGUGCCCUUCGAGCGCUGGUGCUGGAAGGCGGAGGUGGCCAGCGCGGCGAAGGGGGCGGGCCCCAAAGGCCGCGGCCAGGGGCGCGACGGCAAGGCCGCAUCCGGCAAAGGCCGAGGCGGCCCCGGAAGCGGGCCGCGGGAGCAGAAGGGCAAAGGCGGCAAGGCCAACGCGCAGCACCCUGGCAAAGGGGACGCCUCCGCUGGCGGCGGAGAGGAGCAGACGCCUCCGGCAGGCAAGGCUGGCAAGGCCGGCAAGGCCGGCGAGGCGGGUAAGGCGGGCAAGGCGGGCAAUGGCGGCAAGGCGGGCAAGGCCGGCGAGGCCUGCAAAGCUGGCAAGGUCGGCAAGGCCGGCAAGGCUAGCGAGGCGGGCAAGGCGGGCAAGACCGCCAAGGCCGGCAAGGCCGGCGACGAAGGCGAUGCCAGGCCCAAGGGCAAGGGCAAGGGCGGCGGCAAGGGCAAGGCCGCCCGAGGGCCUCCAGAGGCCGGCCAGCCUGAGACCAGCGGGGGCGGUCAGGUCGCAUAGCCCAGCCUGUCCGUCCCCUCCGCUUGCUGCCAUUCGCAGAAGGAAAGACAGCAUCAACAUAAACAUUCAGAGCUCCGCGCGGAUUUCCUGGAUCGGCGCCUGGGGCCUUCCUGGCGGCGCCUCUGGCGCCGCCCUUGGCGCGCUUCUCGCGAGGGGAUCCACGAAAUCCGCACGGACCUCCAACAGUUUAUGUUUAUGUAGUGCUGUUUUCUUCUACUUGUUUCUCGUCGUUUUCUUCUUUUCUUUCGCCUAUUCAGUCUUGCUUCGCAUCAUCGCCCUCCGCUCCUGCACACCCUCGCCCGCCCCCGGGAGCUCCCUAGGCAUCGUAGGCCUGCGCGCGCUUCCCGCAGACGCCGCGCGGCCGCAGGCGCGCGCGUGGA